UACAAAAGCUGUUGUCAAGAUUCUGCAUAGAUUAUUUUGGGGACGGUUGUCUAUUUGCUUUUUAAUAUCUACCACGUCUACCACGUUUAUCUAUCAUGUUUACCACCAUGUACUGGCUUCUGGUUGCAUACCUGGGACUCAUCUUCUGUAACCUGUCAGAAGGAACAUUUCAGCUCUCCCAGAAUCCUCGUUUCAUUGGGAUGAAUCCUGGAAGAAAAGUGUGCAUAUAUUGCAAGGUUUCGCCCAAAAAUCCCAAGGAUGCAAAUGUGAACUGGUACAAGGCACCUAAAUACAAAACUGAGGCGGAUAACAGGAACAAACUGCAGAUGUCAAAUUACAUUAAGAUAAUUAAUCAAACGAAUAUCUGUAUCACAUCUUUAACAAUAGAAGACAGCGGAGUGUACUUUUGUCAGAUUGACAACACUUGGGGACCGGGGACAGAGAUACAAGUGUCCCGACGCAUUCACUUUGAGGCGGCGCAAAGAAGGAGCAAUUUUAAAGAUGUUUUGAUCUUUGUCCAGGGAUCACUCUUAAUGUUGAUGAUUCUUGUCCCACUGCUACGUCGCCGAACCCUGGGGAAGAAGGAAGAGGCAAUUUAUGAGGAACCUGAACAUGAUCACAUCUAUGAGGGUCUGGCGAUAGAGCACUGUGGUGAUUUCUAUGAGGACAUCUCAGUGUAUGCCCAACAUGGGCCUGCAGAGGCUGCUGCAGCUUGGAAGCAGGAAUGAGCAGCUGGGAGGCUGAGCUUGGCACUCAUCUGACCUGUCAAUUACUGCAUCUCAAAGUCUAUCUGGGCCCGUGUUCAUAAAAGGUCUUAGAUUCUGACUGUAUACAGAAUCAGUUACAGUGGGGAGAACAAGUAUUUGAUACACUGGCGAUUUUGCAGGUUUUCUUACUUACAAAGCAUGUA